UGGCGACGAAAACAAAGAAACCAUAGAGCUGUAGAGCGGGAAUGCAGGUCCCUGUCAUGGACCGGAAGUUAAUAUUUAGGCGUUCAAGAUGGCGGCUGGCAUGUAUCUGGAGCAUUAUUUGGACAGUAUAGAGAAUUUGCCCUUUGAACUUCAGAGAAACUUCCAGCUGAUGAGAGACCUUGACCAGAGAACAGAGGACUUGAAGUGCCAUAUAGACCGCCUUUCCUGCCAGUACAUGAGCAGCGCUCGCACUCUGAGCUCAGACGAAAAGCUGCAGCUCCUGAGACAAGUCCAAGAAGCCUACGGAAAAUGCAAGGAGUACGGAGACGACAAAGUGCAGCUGGCGAUGCAGACGUACGAGAUGGUGGACAAACAUAUUCGGAGGCUGGACACGGACCUCGCUCGCUUCGAAGCCGAUCUGAAAGAGAAACACAUUGAAUCCAGCGACUACGACAGCUGCUCUAGCAAAGGCAAAAAGAAGGGCAGAGGUCAGAAGGAGAAAAAGGCAGCGAAAGUCAGGUCAAAGGUGAAGAACUCUGAUGACGAGGCAUCGAAGAACAACCAGAAGAAAAUUAAACUCGUGCAGACGGCAGAGUAUGGGACCCCGGUGGCAAAUUUUGGGAAAGUGACCCCGUCUGAUGUCCUGGACAUGCCUGUGGACCCAAACGAGCCUACGUACUGUCUGUGCCACCAGGUCUCCUACGGAGAGAUGAUUGGCUGCGAUAAUCCAGACUGCUCUAUUGAAUGGUUUCAUUUUGCUUGUGUCGGACUUGCCACUAAACCUCGUGGGAAAUGGUUUUGCCCCCGAUGUUCCCAAGAGCGGAAGAAGAAAUGAGAUUUAAUCAUGAUGUCGUGACCUCCGAGGGGCGAGCAGUGUGUGUGUGGGGGGGGUGUACCCAUGCCCCCCUUUUCUGGGAAGGGGGGUAUUCAGACUUUACCUGCAUGGUUUGCAGACAGUAUUAAGCCCCUCUCCGGCUGUUCCCAUGGAUUGGUGCUGUUCUAUCGCUGUGUGUGGGAUACUCUCACCUCUGCUAUGACUCUUAUCGUG